AUGUCAGAGUCAUCGGAAGAAUUCUGUGUUUACGAAGUUAAAUCUGGAGAUUCGCUGUCAGCAAUCGCUGCUCAUUUUGGUGAUGUUACUCCCACUCAGAUUGCAAGGAUUAAUCAUCUGCCGCUUAUGAGUUGCGGCCUUCCUCCUGUUUUUCCGGGACAGCGUUUAAUAAUCCCUGUAGCUUCACGCACACAAAGUAACUCAACCAAAAUAAAACGUCUUCCAGGUGUGGCGUUGCGCGUUAAAGAUGCGGACAAACAAAAUGCUUGUAGCAAGGACACAGGAUAUUUACCUGUUGAACCUUUCUUUUAUACUACACGCGUACGGGUCUCUAAUCAGUCUUCUAGCUCCAUUGAUGAUGAUGCUUUGGAACGUCAAUUUGUUAAAGUGGAAGCUCAUCGUGUUUUAAAAAAUCUUGACAAUUUGAUUGAUGGUGUCUUGUUAGUUACUCCAGAGUCGUUAUGUUUCGAUGCAAGCAAGACGGCAGUUGCCCAAAAAGAAGCCUAUAUCGCUUCUCAUUCUGGUAAUGAUAAUCAUGAUGAUGAUGUGAACAGUGAAAUUAAAUUGGCCAGUUCACAUAGCAGUGAUGGUCAUGAUCAGCAUAAUGACGGAAAAUCGCCUAGUGAUCCUCUGAACUUCGAAUUUUCUUGUUGUAAUAUUCCUCAAGAACUGCUUAAUUUGGGCUUGUGCAUUCCACUGAAUUCAAUCAGCGCUAUGAAAACACUAAGUGAAAAGGAUGUUGUAAGAUUCUUAAGCCCUGCUACUAAUAGAAAAAAAACGUCACUGUCCUCCGACUCUUCAUCUUGUCAAAGUGAAGAAGCAGAAAAGCUACAGAGUACUUCAGUCAACGAUGCAAUUUCAAAAUCGAUAGAUAAAGAUGAUGGAGAUAACCAACGAAAUAUUUUGAAUAAAUUCACUAGUGAACAGCCUACUGAAAUUAUUAAGUCUAGUCAUGAAGAUUCUUCAAAUCCUACUCCUAACACCCUCACCGAUGAACAACAUGAUGAUCAUAGUAAUCCAGAUAUCCUAUCUGAAGUCAAUCCAACAAAACCAUCUUUAUCAUCAUCAGAGUGCUUAUCUCCAGUAUCUUCAAGUAAGAGUCAAUCAUCACCGGAGAAAAAUGACAGUGGAUGCAACAGUGUCUCUGAAAAUAGCAUUGUAAAAUAUUUAUAUCUAAGGAUUUCUGUUACAGAAGAUGAAAAUCAUAUCUUUCGCCUUACAGUAGAUCGUCUCACUCAAGUCUACAGUUUCUUGUUACGUGCUGGUGUCGGUAGCUCAGAUCAUAGUGAAAAAAUCAACGAUCACUGUGUAAACACUGUGGAUGGCAAUGUUGGAAAUCAGUUACCUGAAAAGGUUUUGAAAAAACUUGUGGAUUUAACUUCGGUGUUGGAUUUAUUCGGCACAAAGCAGGGGCUAAACCUGGAGUCUACUGAUACAACACAACAACGACGUAGUUUAGUGGAGGAGAUUUUAGAAAGUAUGGAAGAAUCAACACCUAUAGCAACGCUUUCCGGUGGAGAGAGCAGAAUACUAACUAAUGAAAUGCUAGCAGACCUCAGUGUUAACUUCCUGCUCAAUGGAUUGGCUCGAAUUUAG